AUUGGUGUUCUAACAGCGUCACCACCCUCUGAUCCUCUUUGUAUUGUUGCGUCACACUGUUGUAUACACCAAUUGUCAACAUGUCCACACACACCGCGUCCCAGCGCUAUCUGAGUACUCGGGGAGGGUCCUACCAUUUCUCAUUUGAGGAGGUCGUUCUCAAGGGUCUUGCCUCUGAUGGCGGUCUCUUCAUCCCCGAGGAGAUCCCUACCCUCCCCGAUGACUGGGCGUCCAAAUGGCAGAACCUGUCCUUCGAGGACCUCGCAUAUGAGAUCUUCUCCAGCUACAUCUCCUCCUCUGAGAUCCCACCUGCCGACUUGAAAGACAUCAUCCACCGCAGCUACUCCACAUUCCGCGCGAAGGAUGUUACACCGACUAUCACACUUGACAAGGAGAAGAACAUCCACCUGCUCGAGCUGUUCCAUGGUCCUACAUUCGCCUUCAAGGAUGUCGCACUCCAGUUCUUGGGCAACCUAUUCGAAUACUUCCUCGUACGCAGGAACCAGAACAAGUCGGGCCGUGACAGGGAACAUUUGACAGUCAUUGGCGCAACAAGUGGUGACACUGGGUCAGCUGCCAUCUAUGGUCUGCGCGGAAAGAAGGAUGUGUCUGUCUUCAUUAUGCACCCAGAGGGCAAAGUUAGCCCUGUCCAGGAAGCACAGAUGACCACUGUUCUCGACGCCAACGUUCACAACUUGGCUGUCGAUGGCACAUUCGACGACUGCCAGGACUUCGUCAAGGCUCUCUUCGCCGACCCUGAGAUCAACAAGACUCACCGCCUCGCCGCCGUGAACUCCAUCAACUGGGCGCGUAUCCUCGCCCAGAUCACAUACUUCUUCUACUCCUAUUUCCAACUCAUCAAGUCCGAGUCCUUCCUCCCCGCCUCGGUGGUCCGUUUCGUCGUGCCCACGGGCAACUUCGGUGACAUCCUCGCCGGGUACUUCGCAAAGCGCAUGGGCCUACCUGCUGAGAAGCUUGUCAUUGCGACAAACGAGAACGACAUCCUCCACCGCUUCUGGGAAUCUGGGAAGUAUGAGAAGAAGAAGGUGCACGGCAGGCAAGCCGAGGGUGGUCUGGUCGAGGAUGGUGUUAAGGCGCACGAGGAUGGCGUGAAGGAGACUCUUAGCCCGGCUAUGGACAUCCUCGUUUCGUCCAACUUCGAGCGUCUGCUGUGGUUCCUCGCGUACGACGUUUACAGCACAUCGUCAGACGCAGUCUCGCAGCGACGCAGCCAGGCAGGCGACCACGUCCGUCAGUGGCUGAACGACCUGAAGACCAACGGCGGCUUCGCUGUUGACUCACAGAUCCUCAAGAAGGCCCAGUCUGACUUCGCCUCAUACCGUGUCAGCGACGAGGAGACCAUCGAUACCAUCAAGUAUAUUUUUAACGCCGGCCCGUCGAAGAGCUACGUCCUCGACCCCCACUCUGCCAUCGGUAUCGCCGCGGCACUCCGAUCCGCUGAGGUCGCAAAGCCUCCUUCCACACACCACAUCUCGCUUGCGACAGCGCAUCCUGCCAAGUUCGCCAACGCAGUUGAGCUGGCACUGCCAGAGCAGAAGGAGUACUUCCAGAAGAAGGUCUUGCCUGUUGAGUUCAAGGGUCUCGAGGACAAGCCCAGGAGAGUCAGCCACGCUAAGAAGUCGGAAGGCUGGCAAGGUGUGCGCAAGAUCGUUAUUGCAGAGGUAGAAGCUGAGUUACAGGCUGCUGAGCAGGACCAGUAGAGAUGUUGAUAUGACGACGACCUGCAUGUGAUAGACGCGCUUUUGCAUAUUGGAUAGGCGG